ACUUUUUCCCCUUUUUAUUUGCUUUUUGUGCAUCCCGAGGUCGACUCGAUGAAUUGGGGGACCUGCAAAAACAAAAAAACAACUCCACAAACUUCCAAGAUUCUCUCUCCCCUCGAUUCCCAUCUGCAAUCUUUCCAUCUCUUCAUUUGAUAUAACUACAAGAAGCAGUAAUCUCGAUUUCCAAUUUUUUCAAUCUUCAGUCAAGAUUUGCGUAAAUCGAUCAAUCAAGAGGCAUCUGGGUUUGUGUUUAUUGUGGGUUGAAUUGGGUGUGAAAUGACGAGAGUGCCACUGGGCAUCCCGUCGUCGUUAUCGUCGAUGAAGAUGAUUGAUCGGUGGUCGUCGUCGGAUUGGUGGGAGGAGAUAAAUGAAUCAAGAUAUUGGCAAGAUGGAAUCUUCUUUGCACUCUGUGCUUCUUAUGCUUUGGUUUCCGCCAUUGCUCUUAUUCAAUUAAUUAGGAUUGAACUAAGAGUGCCCGAGUACGGUUGGACGACACAAAAAGUUUUCCACCUCAUGAAUUUCGUCGUUAAUGGAGUACGUGCCGUUGUCUUUGGAUUUCACUUGCAAGUGUUCAGUUUGCAUCCCAAGGUAUGUAUUUGGAUGCUAUUGGAAGUUCCCGGUCUACUAUUUUUCUCAACGUAUACUCUUCUUGUCCUAUUUUGGGCGGAGAUAUACCACCAGGCUAAAAAUUUACCAACGGAUAAACUCAGGAUCGUUUAUGCGUCGGUUAAUGCAGGAGUUUAUUUGAUACAAGGUUGCCUUUGGAUAUACCUUUGGUUGGACGAUAGCAGUAUGGUGCAAUUCCUCGGAAAGAUAUUUGUUGCAGUUGUAUCGCUUAUGGCAGCCGCAGGCUUCCUGCUUUAUGGAGGAAGGUUAUUUUUUAUGCUUCGACGGUUUCCUAUUGAAUCUAGAGGGAGACAAAAGAAACUUCACGAGGUUGGAUCGGUGACGGGAAUAUGCUUCACGUGUUUUCUUGUAAGAUGCUUUGUGGAUGUUCUCUCGGCUUUUGAUUCAAAAGCUUCAUUGGACGUACUUGAUCAUCCGGUUCUAAACUUGAUUUUCUACAUGCUAGUUGAGAUCCUCCCCUCGGCUCUCGUGCUCUACAUUCUUCGGAAGUUGCCGCCCAAGAGAGUGUCGGCACAAUACCACCCUAUUCAUUAGUGGCAACCAUAACCGUUCACCACGACAUAAGAGCUUACGUUCGAUUUGUUAUUGGAUGCUACCGGGUUUGAGCAUGAUGAUUUAUGUUGCUGUCUCGAUCUGUAGUUAACUACAAAUAAGAUUUACUGGGUCGGUUUGUUUUGAUUCGCAACUACAAUAGCAAUUGUGAUUGCAACUUUGAUUGGAGAAAUAUUUUUGAUCAAUUUCUUCAUGGGGUUUUUUGUGGGUUUCCAUUAUUGUAAGGUUAAAGAGUGAUGUAAUCAAAGUAUUUGUGCAACCAAGGGUGGUUUGGCUUUUACUCUCUGUAGUUUGUUAUAUUAUCUGUUAUGUCCAGUUAUGUCUUAUCAAA